AUGGCUGCAAACGCCACCAGCAGAUGGCCCAGCGGCGUCAGUUUCAUGCCGUCGGCCAAAUACAUCAGCCCAAGCGGCGCUGUGCACACUUCCACAGUCACAAAUUCGGCCACAGGGGUUCCGGCCGGCACCACAGCGGGCCAAGAAGUCGGGCCGCGGGUUGGCGAUCCACACCUUGAGCACGUCGGUGGUGAUGCCGGUGGCGGCUAUGGCAAGCACGAGCCCGAGCAAUGCCGGCGCUGUAGGUGCUGCUUUGAGCGCAAAGCGGCGGCGGGCCGUUUGGGCUGCUAUUAUAAGCGCCAGGGGGAGAAGAUACGACACCAAGUAGAGUUUUGUGUCGGAAACACGUUCGUGGUAGGCAAAAGGGUGUUGGAGCGACGCGUCGUCAAGGCGAAACUGGCGGAAAAAGGGGCCAAGUGUUUCAAAGUAGGCGAAAAGCGCCACCGUGAGGAUACUGGCGGCUAUCCAGUCCUGCGCUAG